AUGGAGAUAGACGGAGGUGGCCUUGGCCUGGAGAAAACAAUAACCCCUAUGUUAAGAGGCCACUUGAUUUGUCCCCUUCGUUUGGUGGUGAAAUCCAGUGCAUGCAGCUGCCUGGACCUGGAGAGCAUCUGUGUCAAAUGUGGGAAGGGCGUGUAUGGAGCCAGUCAAGCCUGCCAGGCCAUGGACAACCUCUACCACACCAACUGCUUCACCUGCUGCUCCUGUGGGAGAAGGCUGAGGGGGAAAGCCUUCUACAACAUUAAUGGCAAGGUGUACUGUGAAGAGGACUUCCUCUAUUCAGGGUUCCAGCAAACGGCAGAAAAAUGUUUUGUGUGUGGCCACCUCAUCAUGGAAAUGAUCCUGCAGGCGCUGGGAAAGUCAUACCAUCCUGGGUGUUUCCGCUGCGUCAUCUGUAAUGAGGGCCUGGAUGGGGUCCCGUUCACUGUCGAUGUUGACAACAACAUCUACUGCGUGAAGGACUACCACACGGUUUUUGCGCCCAAAUGUGCCUCCUGCAGCCAGCCUAUCCUGCCUGCCCAGGGCUCUGAAGAGACCAUUAGGGUGGUGUCCAUGGACAAGGACUACCAUGUAGAGUGCUAUCACUGCGAGGACUGCGGACUGCAGCUGAACGAUGAGGAGGGCCACCGCUGCUACCCCCUGGAGGGAUGCCUGCUCUGCCACAGCUGCCACAUCCACAGGCUCAAGGUGCAGGCGCCCCCCCAUGCACCUGUGGGCUACCCCAUGCAUGUCACUGAACUGUGAGAGAUUCUGCAGGGUGCAGCGCAACUGAGAAAGGGCAGCCGAGAUGGCAGACCCAGAGAGAGAUGCUGGACGUCGAGCUGCCUCUGCCUCCUACUGCACAAGAGCUCCCGGCAAACCUCUCCAGCCAAUGACGGAAUGGCUGAGGAUCUCUCCCAGGCUCACCCUGCAAUCACAGCAUGUGACCAAGCCGAGAAAGGGUGGAUUUCUCUCCUGUCUUUUUUUUUUUAAUUCACCUUUCAGUCUCCAAAUUGGUCAGUGAGGUGCAUCAGUGCACCGUAGGCGUGACUCUGUCUCUUUCCCCUUGAGCAGCAAAUUGCAAGUCUUGUGGUGAUUCCCCACAGCACCAGAGCACGAUGCCCACCUUCCCCUUACCGUUGUAAACCAUGAUAUAUAUAUAUCAUGGUUUACAAUAUACAUAUACAUAUAAUUUUUUUUUUUUUUUUUUUACAGAAACCUGUAAACUUUUUCACCAAUGAAACUAGAGCUGUAACGAU